GACAUCCAUCCCUGCUCCUUCCGUGUGACAUGUUGCCUAACCGCGUUCUUGCUUCUCCUUCCGUGUACUCUGUUGGUGAACCUGCUACCAGUGUUGUAUGCGUGUCUUCUGUUGCGAACCUGCUAUGCGUGUGUAGUGUGUUCUGCUGCAAACCAGCAAUGCGACCUCUCUCUAAUCUUUUGUGAAAAACGUAAGGUUUAGAUGCUAAUCAGAUGAACAAGCAAUGUUCAGUUGUCAGCUGUUUACAUUUCAAUCUGCAUUCAAAUUCUCAUCGUACAAGAUCUGUCAGACUUUGCUGGUUCCAGCGAUGAUGGGUCGAUGUGUUGUGUCAUGUGUGCGUACAGGUCUAUGUUUUUUUUGCUGACGACGCGGCAUAUUCCGCCUCCCUCCAGCGGAGAACUCCUCAAAACUGCACGCAGAAAACAGAUCAAUUGUAGUCACUGCCUAUUCUUGGCCAUACGGCUUUCCCCACACCCCAACACAAACAAGAGAAAAAAACAAAAACUAGACGAAAGAGGGAAGAAACCAAGAAAUUGGCGAAUCCCUGACGCUCCCCACUUUCAACUCCCAUCCGCUUGCCGUUGCCGCGUUUGUUUAUCGAGCCAAUUUGAUCAGGGCGCCACACCGAACCCUAGUUCUUGAUUUAAUCACGGGUUGUGUGGUCAUGCCGGCCGGGUCACCCCGUUCUUCUUCUCUUCCACGAGUUCAGGAGGUAGAGUGAGAGAGAACAUGGAACGACAGGGGAUGGAGGGCAACAAUCUUCUGCAUUUUCUUGAUACCCCGAGCGCCCAUUACAGAAGGACAUGCGACGGAUUUGAGGCCCAACACGGCGGCGAUGAACACUCUGAGACAUCAGAUACUGAUCCGGCGAAUGCAAGGGAAAUGCUGGAAUAUUUGUUGAACCAACCAGCAAACAAAAUCUGUGCAGACUGUGGCUCUCCAGAUCCAAAAUGGGUGGCCCUGCCUUUUGGCACAUUCAUCUGCAUUAAGUGCUCUGGAACUCAUAGAAGUCUUGGUGUGCACAUAUCAAAGGUGAUUUCAGUGAAUCUGGAUGAGUGGACAGAUGAUGAAGUCAACUGUUUAGCUGAAUCAGGCGGAAAUUCUGUUGUGAACUCAAGAUAUGAAGCCUUUUUACCCGAAAACAAAAAGCUAAAACAAGAUUGCUCAACGGAGGAGCGUAAUGAUUUUAUCAGGAAAAAAUACCAGUUUCAACAGUUUGUGUGUGAUCCACAAUUUUCAUGCCCUUUACCACUUAACAGAAAGCAUGCACCACCAGAUAAAAAUCACCAGCAGCAUAAUAGCAGCAAGUAUGGUUUUGGCCAUACUUUUAGGAAUAGCUGGAGAAAAAAGGAUUCAGAUAGCAAAAGCCUAAAGAAAAUGUCGGAUGUGGGAAUGAUAGAAUUUGUUGGAUUAGUAAAGGUCAAUAUCGUAAAAGGCACAGAUUUAGCUGUUCGUGAUGUGAUGUCGAGCGAUCCGUAUGUCUUGAUUCAUCUAGGGCACCAGUCCAUGAAAACAAAGGUGAUAAAGAACACACUGAAUCCUAUCUGGAAUGAAAGACUAAUGCUUUCGAUCCCUGACCCAAUUCCGCCUCUUAAGCUGCAAGUAUUUGACAAGGACACAUUCAGCUCCGAUGACCGGAUGGGGGAGGCCGAGGUGGACAUCCGGCCGCUGAUUGCAGCAACGAAGGAGCACGAGAACUCGACCAUCACCGAAUCGACAGAACUCUACAGAUGGUCAGCCAGCGAAGACAGCAACGGUGUGCUCGCCAAGGACAGCGUCAUCUCUGUUGCGAGUGGAAAGGUCAAGCAGGAGAUCACACUCAGGCUCCAGAAUGUCGAGCGCGGUGAGGUCGAGAUCGAGAUCGAGUGUGUGCCGCUCAGCCAGUAGCAGUCCCAUCGUGAGCAGGACUGGAAGCAGAAAGAGGGAAGGAAUACAUCAUGCUCCAUUGUUGUGACAAGGACACUGCUUUGCAAUGCAGAAAGACCUCAGCUUCACUUGUUUGAUUGCUCCAUGCCUGUAAUUCGCGUGCAUGUGUGAGAUGUGUAAUGUGUUGUACGGUAGAUAGGCAAAGGGAAAUUAUCUACUUAUAUUACUUUGAUGAUAGGCAUACGGUUGAACUGUUUCCAGUAGAUUUCCUGACCUCAGUUGCUAGCUGGUACUACCAGGAUGGUGAAAAGAUCUGUAUGCAUUUUGCCCA